UGGCAUUAAAUGGGGGAGAGGAAAUCAAAAUCAUAAAAAUAAAAUUACCCCAGAAUCAAAAUCAAGACAUUAUUUCCAUGGCUAUUUGAGAUACCCCUCCUCCGCACCAAUUACCCUUUUAAGAAUGUCUCGUCCUUUUGAAAAAUAUCAAAUGUCGUCAGUGGAGGAGGGUCUUUUACGACAUCUCGGUAUUAUACAAUCAUUUUACCGCUAAAGGGAAAUUGUUGCCAAUUAUAUAAAUAGUGAAAAGUUUCAUCAAUUGAUGGUAUAAUUCAUUGUUUAAAGUAAUAACUACAUUAAUAUGACUGGAACUACCAUAGAUGAUGCUGCUUCAUCAUCUCAAACUCCUAUAAAAACAACUUAUAAUCUUAAUAAGCCAAGAGCUGCUUAUUAUCCUCAUCCUGGAUCAAAGAUUUAUGCCAAUAAAUCAUUAUAUUCAAAACUAGCCGCAUCCCCAAAAACAUUAAUUGAAUCUCAUUUAUGUCAACCUCGUUCUGGAAUUGCUGUUAAAAUACCGGCAAAAUCAAUCUUCCGUUUAACUACUCCUCAAGGUCCUCAAGUUUGUGAUUUAAACAUUUGGAAUCUUCAUAAUCCAAGAGAAAGAUUUUGGGCUGCAAGAACAAGACAAUUACAUUCUGCUCAUGUUUCUACUUUUGAUAGAUUAUGGUCAAAUUUACCUUAUUUAAGACCUUUAGUCACCAUCACAGCCGAUACUUUACUGGCAAGACAUGAUGAAUGGGGUGGAAGAGUUCAUGAUACUUUGGGUACAAGAUGUGAUCCUUAUGUUGAUAAAUUAAUUAGUGGAGAAGAUAAUGAUUUACAUUGUCAUUCAAACUUAACAAGAGCGGUUUUACCUUAUGGUUUAACUGAAUUUGAUGUUCAUGAUGUUUUGAAUGUAUUUCAAGUAACUGGUUUAAAUGAAUAUGAUCAGUAUUUUAUGGAAGCAUGUCCUGCUUCUAAAGAUGAUUAUUUUGAAUUAUUUGCUGAACAAGAUUUAUUAGUUGCUAUAAGUGCUUGUCCAGGAGGUGAUUUAUCUCAAUGGGGUUGGGGUGAAGACAGUGAUGAUUUACAAGGUCUGAAAAUGGUUGAUUGUUGUAGACCAUUAGGUAUUGAAGUUUAUAAAUUAAAUGAUGAAGAUGAAGUAUUAAAGGAUUGGAUAGCUCCUGAAGUGGUCAAUUAUAGAGGUAACCAUGGUUUAAAAGGUCCAUAGAUUAUAGAUAGUUUUAAUACAUACAUUAGAUUCAU